AUGUCACCUUCAUCCAAAAUCGAUUCGUAUCGUAUUACAGGUCUCCAUAACCUGCUUGUCGAUCAUCCUCUUCCUGCCUUCGCCUCAGAUCACUCAGACCCGACCAUGAUCCAGGGUGUCGGAUGGUCGCUUCCGGCUGGACCUUAUACGGCUCGCCAAAUCGUCGUAGGAUGCGCCCCUUUGCUCGAGACAGUCCUACACAACCUCGGACCUGAUGACGAAGGUCAGUCAACUGCUCGAGAGAUGCUUCUGGACAAUCUCGCAUCCAACUUGAAUCUCGGGACUCGCGAGUCAAGCCUGGAGAUCCCUCUCAAAGACCCUGGCCGCAAGGAGAUGGCUGAGCAAGCUGUGAAGAUUGGCAAAUUCAUCGUCACAUACGCUCGUGAAGCUAAGGACGUGGCUUUCGACCCCAACUACGUUAUUCGUAGUCCUUGUGAAGGUCAUUUGCUCAAACCACAGGUUGCCCAACUCAUGUUCGGGCCACGAAGCCUGAGGCAUCUCAUGCAAAUCUACAAUGAAUACCUUCACCAGAUGGUGCUGCUUCGCGACGCACUUCUUCCUUUUGAGAACUAUGAUGAAGUCGUGAUUCCUAUCGUGUCUGGUCCUGGGAAGAGACACCUUAACAUGCGGUUUACAGAGACGCAAAGAAUGAGCUUUAUCGCAAAGCUUAUGACAAAAUCUAUCACUCAGGCAUCAGUGUUCAAACUCGCCCAGUCUCUGCUUGUACCCAGCAUGUCGACCGACAAUGCCUAUGGUUUCCAAUACAAGCACGGAUUGAUUCUCCCUGAUGCCGUGAUUGGGGGAUCAUCAUUGCGUCUCUUCCGCUACAUUCCGGUAGUCCUCGAUGAGACCGUCACUGAUGUCAAGCUUGCAUACGAGCUUGAAGACUACUAUUCUGCACCUCUUCUUGAUAUUCGACCAGCUAAACAUUCUGUCGAGAAGGGAGAUCCAAUUGGAAUUGCCAUCGAUGCUCAGCAGCAUGCUCUCAAAGAUUGCUCUCUGUCACUAAGCUCGACCACCCCUGACCUUGGAUCUCGUCACCUCCAGCUUCGCAUUAUUCACAAGAACGGAACGUCGUCUAGCACCGAUGUUGGGCAAAUCGCACGUGGCUGGCGCUACUCGUACAAAGUCUCGCGGGCUGAAGAAGAAAGUGUCAUCGAUCAUUUCAGUUCUACGGCUUCAUUGCACACUGCGGCGGAUGUGCUUUCUCAAUCCGGGCAGGGUGGACUUGUGACAGCCAAGGAAGGCGGUAUACAUGUCAUCCAGGCUAGUAGCCAGAUUGAGAUCCUUGCGUUACUCGGUCAGAUCUACCCCGAUAACAUCAUCAUGCUGGAAUUAGGCGCCCCCUUGAAGGAUGUGGAAGAAGCUGGACAGUCUAUGCCUGGUGAACCUCGUUUUGUUCUUCAGCUUUUGGACAGCUAG